GCAACGCGCGUGCGCGCCAAGGGCACUGCCGCUUCUGCGCAAGCGCGGCUAGUCGCGCUGCAACGCGGGCGCAUGCGCCGCUGGUUUCCACAGCCCUCGGCGCCUGCGCAGUUGGAAUCUUGAACCGCUUCUAUUGUGGAGCGUUCGGGCGUCGUGUUUGUGCCAUAGGCCGGUGUUCCAUGACGGUGUCGCCCCGAGGCCGCGAGACGUUGUGGGUCGGAGAAGGCGAGGGGAGAGUGUGAGGAUGGGCUGCGGCUUAUUUCCCGGGAUAUUGUAACGGCCUCGGCCUGCUCGGUGCGUCUGUCCUUGUUUCUCUCCCACAGAGAGUCAUGGAGCCCACGUUCCCUCCCAGUAUGAUCAUGUUCAGUCAUCUCCCUCCCGUCACCUCCUUCACCCGCCUCGGCUCUGACCUUCUCCCGCCUCCGACUCCUGCGCAGCUGCCGGGCCCCGGGGACAUGAUCCUGAAGAAGGAACCGGGCUCUCCGCCUCAUCACAGCGACUUCCUGCAGGGCCUGGCCGGGAUCAAACAGGAGAAGUUCGGGGAGCACGAGCAGUACCGGUACUACGGGGACAGACCGGCUGAGAUCGUGGAAGUGACGGUGGGAGGCCCGGGCUUGAUCCCAGAGCUCGGACUGAACAGAGAGCUGUUAAUAAGGACAGAGAAAAACGGCUUUGACCCAGGGCAGAGUCCUCCCAACAACAAGAAGACGAGGCGGCUAAACUCUGAAGCUCAGGAAGCAAAAUCCAAACGCAGGCGGAGUGACUCCUCUAGAUCUGUAGGUGGUGAUGGUGAUGCUGCUAGUUUAUCUCCAAAUCAGAAACCUCAUAUCUGUGAACACUGCAGUGCUGCUUUCAGGAGUUCCUAUCAUCUGCGGAGACACGUCCUCAUCCAUACAGGUGAAAGACCUUUUCAGUGCAGUCAGUGCAAUAUGAGUUUUAUUCAGAAGUAUUUGCUACAGCGGCAUGAAAAAAUUCACAGUGGAGAAAAGCCUUUUAAUUGUGAUCAGUGUAACAUGAAGUUUAUACAGAAAUACCACAUGGAAAGGCACAAGAGGACUCACAGUGGGGAAAAGCCAUACAAAUGCGAUACAUGCCAGCAGUACUUCUCAAGAACGGAUAGGUUGCUGAAGCACAAGAGAACAUGUGUUGAAACCAUCAAUAAAGGAUCCAUGGAAGCUGGGUCAUCAAACCCAAGUCUGGAUAAUUUGUCGGGUAAUUUUGACUUAUCUCAGGGAAAUUCGAAUUUUUCUGGGCGAAAGAAAGGCAAGUCCAGAAAUGGCUCGGCACACAAGGACCAGAAGCCAAACAUCAAACUUAACGAGGCCCAUUUGACACCUGGACUUAAUAUCCAAAAUUAUGCAGUGGAUGUUCCUCUAGUGUCUUCCAGCAGCGGAUCUGGCAUGGAUGAAUUAAAUGUCAAGGUGCCAAAACUAGUUUUCAAGAAGGUAAGGGGGAAACACGAGAAAAACGACCUCCAUUUGGAGGCUCAGUCAUCCGAUAUGGUUAUUCACAAACAUUCAGACAAGAGUAAUAGCCCCUUGGACAUGGUGGAAAAUGCCGGUGUAGACACUAUGAACCUUCUGCAAAGUUCAGGUAACAAAGGUCAUAGUAGCAAUUACGACGAUGCAAUGCAGUUCCUAAAAAAGAGACGGUAUUUGCAGGCUGCUAGUGUUAACGGUGCCUAUGCAGUGAAUGUAGGCCACAUGGUGUCUCAGCAGUCCGUUAUUCAGUCUGCAGUUUCCAGUGUUAUGGAUGGAGACAACCCAUUGACUCUUAUAGACUCACAGUCGCUGAAUGUUGAGAUAAAGAACUGCCAAGACAAGUCUGUCAUUCCCGACGAGGUACUUCAGAGUAUUUUGGAUCAUUACGCGCACAAGUCGGUCGGCCAGCCCGAUGUUAAUUUUAGCAUUUCUGAGCACCAUGUCGAUCUACACACGGCAGGCGACAGCAGUGAUUUGGUACAGGAGGAAAACAUCUGUUCAGAUUCUCAGUCGUCCCAAAACGACAAGGCCAACGUGUUUCAAGAGUACUCGAAAUACCUUCAGCAAGCUUUGGAAAGAACAAGCCAUACCGCUACUUUUCCGCUUGGCCCCGGUUUACAGUUUGUCAGCCUGUCUUCAUCUCUCGCAAACCAUAAUUUGUUUUCUGAUAAGCAAAUAUACACUACAUCUCCUCUCGAUUGUGGAUUCAGUCAGUCAGUAUUGCCAACCACCUUACCAAAGUCACAUUUUGGAAUGGUGGUGGGUCCCCAAACAGGGUUCUCCUUAUCCUUGGAGGCAACGCAUCAACAGCUGACUCCUUCCCAGGAGCUGGUUGACCAAAUUGACCCACACAAAACUUUAGACGCGUCUGCCACCUAUCAGAUUUCAUCUCAGGAAUUGAAUGGGCAGAAAGAUCAGCAGAAGAACCUAGAGUCUACUUCAGGCUAUCACCUUCAACCUCAGGAGUUGGCAAGUACGCUAGAGCAACAGAAAGAUGUCCGACAGAGAGCUACCUGCCAGAUAGAGAACUUUGCACAAGCAUUUGGUUCUCAAUUCAAAUCUGGUAACAGGGUGCCAAUUUCAUUUAACACUACCACUGAUGGGGGAGUGGAUCACAGGUUGAGGACUUCAACUCCAGAAUUCUCAGGGUACACAAAUUUACUAUCUGAUGUUAAUGACACAGGUAGUGCAAGAGUCAAGACUCCAAGUAGUCAGAGUUUCAGGUGAGGCUGAGCGUAUUACUUGGCUCCAGAGGUCUUUUAAAAAAACAAACAAAAAAAAACAUGGUGUCUUUUUUUAUUUUGAUAACACUGCCAUUAGAAUGUUUCUACACAAUCGUAAUAAGAAUUAUGUAACCUAUGCCCUGUCAAUGCAAAAUUUUUGUUUAUAUAUAAAGUGUUGUGAUAGUUCAGCCUGUAUCUAAUUUUUAAUCAAAAUUAGUUAGAAAAAGGGGGAGGGAGGGAGGGCCAGGGGUAGCCAAAACAUUUAAUUUGGGAGAUAAAUGUUUUGCAAUUAAUUGAGAUAUUGAGGGGGGGGACAAGGAUAUAAAUGCCCAUGGUCUUUAAAAAAAUUAAAACCUGGGUUUCAAAUUUGUGGGCUCAGGUACAAAUAUUAAAGCUGAGGUCGCAGAAUUAUAAAAACGUGACGUUCAUUUAAGGUGUAACCGGUUCUUUUUCCCAUGCGGUCACAUUGACGUCCCAUGUUCAAAGUAGGUCACGUCCGUAGUCUAUUCCAUUAGCUCUAUGUUUGUUUCUCUGCAAUAGCUUUAAAUUAACAGAAUUAAUUUACUCAAGAUUUGAACUUUUUUUUUUUUGGUCAAAUUAUGUAUGUACAGUUGUUUCCUUUUGAUAUACCUCAUUUUUACUGUUCAUGCAGCAUUCAGGAACAUAUGUAUGUCGCAAUAUCGUUUCAAUAUAAUAAAAAGAAACCUUUGUGUUACGGUUGUUUUUAUAGAAGUGUCUAGAAUUUUAUAGCAAAGUGCAAAAUCAGAGAUAUUGACUAUAUCCUUAGAAGACAAUACUAUUUUUCUUUCGUAGACAUUCAUUUGGCUUAAACUUGACCCAAAACCUGUUUUAACACAGAUUCUUGCAUCUUGCUCCCCCACAUAUCGUAAUAAAGAUGGGACAGCAUUUGCCAUGUAGUUUAGGAAAGGUUGUUGGUCGAGCCCAAAAUAUUCUCUCUAUGUUCAACGUGAAGAUAAAGCAGAAGGUAAAAUGGAAGUCUUGUUAGGCACAAAGGUUACUUUUCGUUGCAUAUAUUUAUAAUACUGAACAUUCGUUCCAUAUAUUUAUAAUACUGAACACAAACUCCUUAUGGUUCAGGGACUUCUAGGACCAAACUAUAUUUACAGGUUUUUUUCCUUUAGUUCAGAAAUCUGUGUAGUCGGAAAUAUAAUGAACUUCUACCUGCAAUGGGUUAGUAAUGUAUUGGGUUUAGAUUCCUGUAAACCUAAUGUUCAAAUUUCUAUUCCUUACGCUUCGAUAUCGAAUGGCGCUGAACUAAAUAUUGUAAUACGUCAGUGGUUUUCAGAAACGUUUUUAAGUCCCGUUUUCAAGGUCCAACCCGUGGUGGCCAUACGGACCGAUAUUAUCUUACGAAACAAAUUUUCGUACGAUGUUCGGUGCAUGUAUGGUGGCAGAUGAGCCGACCGUUAUCGGCAGAAGGCUUGGAUAUCGGUUGGCUCGUUGAUAGGCCCGAGGUAAAAUUUUGAUUGAGCGCCUUUUGAGGUCACCAGUCAUCGGCUGCUGUGUAAAGGUGAUCGUAGACGUCACAAUUACGGUCUUUCCUGGAGAAGAUUGUCCAAGAAAGAUCAUUUGUUUCAAUAUACAAGUGUAGAGCUGAAUCGUCCAAUGUACAGAUAGAAACAAUAGAAUUCUACCUGUACCUCUACCUGGAUCUGAUCCUUCAGCAAUAACAACGGGCAAUGUUCGGGUCCCUUCAAAGGCACUGAUAAAAAAUGUUCUAGCCGGCCGAUAUCCAAGUCUUCUGCAGAUAUCAGUCUGCUUGUCUUCCACCAAAAUCAUUUCAUACAAUAUUAUCCGUAUGAAUAGGCCAUUUUUAGUGCUGAAUCAAUAGAAUUUUAUUGUUUCUACCUGUAUAGCUGAUGAUUCCAGCUCUACACGUGUCUUUUCGAACAAAUCUUUUCCAGGAAAGAUCGUAAUUGUUGAGUGUGUGGCCGUCUGUCUCUAGAUCUCUUAACAAAUUCACCCUAAGUAAAGGUAGUACUUCCAGCAGGAUCUAAAAUUGCUUUAAAAGCAUUCUCCCUAAAUAUCACCCUACAUGGCCUUCAGGCUGGUCUCCCCCUAUCCACUGCUCAGGGCCAGCCGCACAGGCUGGGAUUUACUGACAUACAAGAAUUCUAUUGCUUGAUUGUUGGUAAGGACGGGGUAAGGCAAGUUUGUAAAAAAUAUAACCUUAAUCUCUGUUAUUUUACUAGAUUACAAUAUUUAAAAUUACUUUAAAGGGCCCUUAGUAUCAAAAAUGAGCACCUGUUCAAUGUAAUGCCGAUAGUCUGGAUUUAUUGAUGAUGCUCCAUAUCUAUUUUAAUUGUAAACUUUGUACCACGCUAGACGUUUAAUAUGGAGUGGAAAUGAAAGUCAUGGUUUGCAGACUGAAAGGCAGAUCAAAGACGGCAUAUGACCACACAAUAAAAGUCUUAAAGGAGAAUUUGACCCGUAAUUAAAAAACAAAAAACAUGCCCCUAAUUUUUUACUCACCCCUCCGUGCAAAAUCUGGCCUCUGUUCAUGGCAGCCAUCUUCUUCUCCGGUCGUGUAUUGACGGCAUUUUCUGUACAUGUAGUAAGUUGGAGUACAUUUCGGGUCCCAAACAACUGUGCAUGGGCCGAAAGUCACGAAAAGUAAUUUGAGACCGGAAAUGUAUUGUGAAUUCUCCUUUAAGGUGGCCGUACACUAUAAGUUUCGCUCAAGGUCGCCAAAUGUGCGGAUCUUAACCCAAUUUGCCCACUAACGGCUCGGCGAUAUCGGUUGAAUCACAAUGCUACGAAUGGGCGUUGAGGGGUCGCAGGACCGCAUCAACUAGCCGAUACCGUCCUGGAUCAUAGAAAAAAAAUCAAACUUGACCGAUAUCUGGCCGAUUUUUGGCCUGAUAUCGAUCGGGAGGAACCGUCGGGAGCCCCCACACAUAGAUAGAUAAACUGCCGAAUCCGUCUAAAAGACCGAUAUCGGCAGCUUUAAUCUGCCCGUGUAUGGCCGCCUUUACAGUCACCGUAAAUCGUUAAGUAGUUCUAGACAACCGGGGCAAUAUGAAAAACCUCUAGGAUUAGAGAUGGGUAAAUAUGUUCCGGACCUGUUCCUCCGACGUCUGGUGUAAUGUAAUAAAAGGUGCAAAGUUUACUGCUGGUCCGGUAAAACAACAAGUAGCAUGUGCCGGUCAUCAAUGCUUUACUAGACCUGGAUGAACAUUCUGCCUUUUAUUAUUACCCCAUUUCGGGUAUAAAUGCAUGUCAUUUUGAUCCAAUUUUGUUCCCUUUGUUGCCUCUUGCUAACGAUUAUACUGAUUCCCGAUUUUGUAAUUGGAGGCAAUAGCCCUGAUAAAUAGUAAACAUUUCCCCUUAAUGUUAUCCUAACCCGUACAGGUGACUUAUAUUAUUCUAACUCUAUCCAUGUUUUCAAAUACGCAAUAUCCGUUAUAUCUUUCAUCGCUCCCCAUUAACAAGCUGGAUCGAUUUUUAUUCUUCGUAUGUCUUGCCUAGAUAUAAGUAUCUCUUUCUCAGCUCCGGUAUAUUCUCUAUUAAAGCCCUUUUUUUUUUUUUUUUUAUAGAACUGGUAAAUGCGUUGAAAUCAGUAUUAAAGAAAAUCUAUAAAUAUCUAUAGAAAUAUAUAUGUUCCUGUUUGUAAAUGAAUUAGCAGUGCAAUAAAUCACUUUAGAAAUUCUGCUUUCCUUUGCGCCGCGCAAGAAACAAUAUGCACGAUUUAUAUUUCAUUAUUCACUGUGUUCCCCCCUCUUUGGUAGAGAGAUUGAAAACUUGUAACCUACAUCUCUGUGACUGUUUAAAGCCAUUUUUUUUUAAUAAACGUACGGAAAUUCG